AUCGAUUUGGACUAAUUCGUCUAUGUUCCUAUGAUGAUGAGUCAAUAAGGGAUUCUAAAGAUAAUGUAUAUACAGUUAUAUAUAUGGGUCAGUGAAUAAUUAUGGUAUCUAUUACAACUCUCAUUAAUAGUGGACUACUUUUAGUGGGGAAAUGGAUUUAUCAAGGUCUUGCGACCCAUCAACAAGUAGCAGAAGAACAAUAUAACAUUAUCAGAUUCUUAGGGGGUUCAGCGCCAUAUAUACAAUCUCCAGGGUAUGGUAUUUCCACAGAUUUUCCUAUGGGAUGUACAAUCGAACAGGUUCAAUUAUUAUCCAGACAUGGUGAAAGAUAUCCGACUCUAAAUAAAGGUAAUGAAUUUGAAAAAGUUCUUGAGAAAUUAUUAGAUCAUUCACAAGAGUAUAAGGGAUCUAUGGCAUUUUUGAAUGAUUAUGAAUAUUUCGUAACUGAUAAGUCCCAGUAUGCAUUAGAGACUACUCCUGAAAAUUCCGAAGGAACUUAUGCCGGUACUACAAAUGCAUUCAGACAUGGAGCCUAUUUCAGAAAUAGAUAUGACACAAUUUUCAAUUCGAGUCAGGAACUUCCAGUAUUCACUACGAAUUCGAAACGAGUUUUCAACACGGCUGAAAUUUUCACACAGGGUUUCCUAGGUGAAGAAUAUUCAAGGGAGAGAGUAAAGUAUAAUAUAUUUGCUGAAAGUGAAGAGCUAGGAGUCAAUUCAUUGACUCCAAGGUAUGCAUGUACUACCUACAAUAAAGAUGCUAAUAGUGACUUAGUAACCAGUUUUAGUAAAUUAUAUCUCACCAAUAUCCUUGCAAGGUUAAAUGAAGAGAAUCCAUUUUUAACAAUUGAUGAAGAUGAUGUAAAGACAUUGUUUGAUUUCUGUGCAUAUGAACUAAAUGUAAAAAGUACCUCCUCAUUCUGUGACUUAUUUACCACUGAAGAUUUUGCAUACUACGGUUAUGAUAACGACUUGGAUAAAUAUUAUUCUUCAGGACCGGGUAAUAAUAUGAGUGCUAUUAUUGGUUCAGUAUACUUAAAUGCAUCAUUAAAUUUGCUAAAGGACAAUUCUAAUCCAAAUAAGAUUUGGUUAUCAUUUACGCAUGAUACUGAUAUAGAUCAUUAUAUAAGUGCAUUAGGCAUCUUUACACCUGAACGUGAUUUGCCUCUCGACAGGGUCGAUUUUGAGAGACAAUAUUACCAUGCUUACUUAGUACCGCAAGGAGCAAGAUUUUAUACUGAAAAGCUUAAAUGUGGGGAAGAUACAUUUGUCCGUUACGUUAUAAACGAUUCAGUCCAACCCAUUCCUCAGUGCCAGAAUGGGCCCGGAUUCUCUUGUGAGAUUUCCGAGUACGAAUCAUUUGUUAAACAAGUAUUACAGAGUAAUAGUAUAGCAGGAUGUAGAGUACUGAAUCAUGUGGAUAAAGCUUUGACAUUCUUUUGGGACUAUCAAAGUAGAAACUAUACGGCGGAUCUCGAAUUGUAAAUACUUUUAAUAGAAUAUUAAAUACAGUCAAGUAAAAACGUGCGUUCCGAUCGAUAG